AUGGGCGACAUCGUCAGUUUAUUCUCCGUAAUAAUAAAGAAAUUUAAAUCAAAAUUUAAUGAAAGCAAGAUUUAUUUUCACUGUGAAAUACCAUGGGAGAAAUUGAAGUCCGUUAAAUGGAUGAACGAGAGGGCUACCUCUAACAAGGCGUACGUUCCUACUAAAGUGGAAAAUGUAGCAAAUGUUUGUACACAUGCACUUUGUGUUGCGCCGGCGUCGCUCGGUGCGCGGGAAUUGCUCAGUCGUUCUAUGAAUGCACCACAAGCGAUAGCUGCCAUUGUCUAUGGGCUUGCCCUCUGUCUGCUGUUUGCAGUGUCCACCACUUUCCACUCAGUAUGCUGCUGCGGUUCUGAUACGAAAAUGAAACAUUUACUCCAUCGAUGCGACCGCGCAAUGAUCUACAUCUUCAUCGCGAGCUCGUAUUUCCCCUGGCUCACAGUGGGCACUCUCUCGUGUUGGAUGUUGAGAGAGCUAAGAUGGGCGAUCUGGCUGCUGGCUGUCCUUGGGAUCACAUAUCAACAGAUCUUCCACGAGAGAUACAAGAUGCUGGAAUUGCUGCUGUAUCUGACCAUGGGUUUAGGGCCAGCUGUCAUCAUUGUAACAUCCAACCAACAGUUCCCAGCGAUGCAGGAUCUCAAACUCGGCGGCGUACUGUAUCUGGUCGGCGUGUUUUUCUUUAAGUCGGACGGCCGGAUACCCUUCGCUCACGCCAUUUGGCACAUCUUCGUGGCGUUGGCAGCCAGCGUGCAUUACCUAGCGAUACUCCGACACCUCUUCCCAGAACUCAAAACUCAAUGA